UACAAAACAAGUAGUAAAUUAUCGGUGUUGGAAUAUGGAAUGCUUAAGAGGGUUGAGCCACCUUUUUGUAACAAUGUUUCUCACUGGCUUCGGUGGUUUCAUAGUUGUUCCAGUAAUCACUGAUGUUACUAUGGCUGCAAUUUGCCCUGGUCAAGAUCAAUGUUCCCUUGCCAUUUACCUCAGUGGCUUCCAACAAGUUAUGGGUGGUGUGGGGUCAGUGUUGAUGACGCCAUUAAUAGGGAACUUGUCAGAUCGAUUCGGGAGGAAAGCCUUACUCACACUUCCCCUUACUGUCUCAGUAAUUCCUCAAGUAAUAUUGGCAUAUAGCAGAGCCACAAAAUUCUUCUACGCGUACUAUGUGGUGAAAAUUCUUGCUGCCAUGGCAGGCGAAGGCUGCCUCCACUGCCUGGCUCUUGCAUAUGUGGCAGACAAGGUUCCUGAUGGGAAAAGAGCAUCAGCAUUUGGAAUACUUGCUGGUGUAGGAUCAGCAGCAUUCGUUGGUGGAACUUUAGCUGCUCGUUUUCUAUCUACUGCUUUAACAUUUCAGGUUGCUGCAGUCUCAUCAAUGAUUGCAUUGGUGUACAUGAGAAUUUUCCUUAAGGAAAGUGUGCCUUGUGACAGCAUGACACAGCCAUUGUUGAAAGAGGCCCAGGAAGCAUGCACUGAACAGGGUGAGGAAGAUUCAUCUCGAAGGACAGCAGGAACAUUUAAGAAACUGCCUUCCUUAGGGGAUUUAAUUUGUUUGCUCAAGUGUAGCCCCACAUUCUCACAAGCGGGAGUUGUUUUGUUCUUCAAUAGUCUUGCAGAUGGUGGCUUGAUGGCAGUGUGGCUGUAUUAUCUAAAGGCACGUUUUCAAUUCGACAAGAACCAGUUUGCCGAUUUGAUGAUGAUUACUGGGGUUGGAGCAACUCUUGCACAACUAUUCUUCAUGCCCUUCUUAGUACCUCUUAUAGGAGAGGUGAAGCUGCUUUCGACUGGGCUACUAAUUAGCUGCAUAAAUCUUUUUAUCUACAGCAUAUCAUGGGAAGCAUGGGUUCCUUAUGCUCUAGCAAGUUGUUCUGUUUUUGCAGUUUUUGUGCGCCCAAGUAUAUGCAGCAUUGCAUCCAAGCAAGUUGGAUCUUCUGAACAGGGAAUGGUUCAAGGAUGCCUUUCAGGAAUUAGUUCCGUUGCCAACAUCGUUGCUCCGUUAAUUUUCAGUCCACUGACAGCCUUAUUCCUGUCAGAAGACGCACCGUUUUAUUUUCCUGGAUUCAGUCUAAUGUGCCUUGGGCUAGCACUGAUGAUAGCAUUUUUUCAGAGUCUAAUGAUCCGUGCUGCUCCUCCUAUUGCUGGCGGCAAAAUUAGCUGUAACCGCAGCACAGAUACCUUGGUCUGAGAAGGAGGAUAAGAUUACUAUGUUCUCAAGGCAACAACAUAAUCUCUUUAUGCUUCAUUUUGACUAAGCAAAAUUGUUGUUCAUAGCCUAUCAGCGAUAUAUUACAAAGAUAACAGACGGAAUCACAAUUUCGUGUAGAUUCUAAGGUCGACAUAUAUGCUUUGUUCACUUAGGGAUCUAGAAGACUAAAUGACAGAAUGCAGAUAAUAGAACGUGAAGUUGGUAGUAAUCAGGUGAACCAACCGGUGAAGCACAGAUUUGUGCGCAAUUAUGAAGAGGACAUGUGGCACGUAUUUAUGAACCAUAGGGUCUCAUCAGUUGCUUCUUAGCCAUCGAACUUUUCAGUGUUAGUUAUUUGUAUGUAAAAACCCUUAGCAUCAUAGUUUAGCUAGUAUAUUUUUCCCAAAUUUCUUAUGUGUAGCGUGUUUCACACACGUUUCAGUAAUCAGUAGACAUUAGUCAAGAACUUUGUAAUUUUUAUAUUUUAAAUUAUGGAUGAUUGACAUUUAGAGUAUUUGACUUUGGACUGGUUAAUGUAAUGAUUGAUAUUUCUAUUUAAGUUUGCAUGC